GUACUUAAAAGUUUUGGCUAAUGAGACACGUGAUUGGUGUAUAUAAUAGAUAAUAAUAAUUGUUUGUUUAUCAUUUUAUAUACGCAAUUUGAGCAGGAUUGUGUUUGUGUUACUAAAACUGAAGUUUUAUCACUUGAUGACUUGAUAAAAUUCAAUAGUAAAUUAAUAAAACAAGCAUUUCCAAUGUUUGAUUGUUGACUAAAAUGCAGUGUUUGUUAAUAUUUGAUCAUCUAAACGAUGUGGUGUAUACAAAAUGGGAUGAAAAAUUUUCAGAACACAUUUAUGAAUUUGCGUCGCUCCAGGGCUUUGUAAAUAAUGCUGGGGGCGGUAAUGAACGCAUUAUUGACGAUGAUGCUCUUGUGCAAAUUUUUUCUCCCAUUAUUACCUCCCAACGGAUUAUGAGUUGCCAGUUUGGUAAUUCUUACACAUCUAUUCAGUGUGAGGAUGGAAUUAAUAUUUGUUUUGAUGAAUAUAUGGGAUAUUUAUUUGUGAGCGUAGCUCAGGAUGACGUGCAAAGUAUUAAAAAAUAUCUCAGUGUUUGUGUGACAAUAGUCAGGUAUUUAUGUGGCCCUGAUGUGUGUCAAUUGAAGAUGUGUGAAAGAAGGGCCGAUAUUGCGACGAGAUUAAUUGAUAGUUGGGUUAAAUUGCAAAACAGUGACCAGGCAGUGUUUGUUGAAGCGGUGGAACAGUUGGUUAUAAAUUCCGAUGUCAGUUCUGUGACGCUUCAGGUGUUGCGCAAAUCUGUUGAAAAGUUAAUCUCAGCUGUAGACUGUCCCAAAAUGCAUGCAAUGGUCUUAGUAAACAACAAGUUCCUUUCUUUAUAUUCUAGUCAAAGUGCCAAAGACUUAUCCGCUGCAGAUAUUUUAUUCUCGACGAUUGUCUCGCAAGGCAGUAGCGAAAUUUUUGAACAAAAUCGCGAAACUCGAAUUGACAGCUUCCAAAUUUUGUUGGCGGGUUCUGACGCAACUCCUUCCUGUCUCUCACACGUUGUUCAUGUUAUUCCGAUUUCCGAAGGCAUAAAUUUAUUGUAUUUGCUCGAAGUUGGUAACGUUGCAAUCUCCUCAACGCUGUAUGACGCUUUCCACCACUUGCACACCAUGCAAUUUAUUCAGAUACAAAAGGACGUGGACACACUAAGACCCGCGUUUGAAAAUCUUGAAUUGGCAAUGAAGCGACUGAACGAUGCACUCAAGAAAAGCAAAAAUAAUUCCAUUGAAAAUUUGGGUAAACAACUUGCGAAAAAAUGGGAUAUUAUCAGGAAAAAGUAUCUUGAUUUUAUCAAAAGCAAGUCUGAUGAGGCACUCUUACGGGCCGAAACGAUGGCGUUGGGACUAUUGGAGAAUUUGAAACAGUUACUCGGUUUGACAUCGAUUGAUGAAAAAAUUGUUGAAUCGAGUCAGAAGGCAACGAUCGAAGUUGCGAAAAUUGUCGCUGAGAAAUUGAAUAGCUAUAAUGAGUUUCUCAAGGUUAAAUCGAUCAGGAAUUUUACUCUUGGAUCUAGAGAUUCCCUAACGAUUAAUAAGUAUUUAGAGGAAUUCCCCGGAUUGGUACAUUUUCUCUACGUGGACCGUGUGAAUCACAGAGUCACAGCCCCCACGCUUGAUUUCAGCGCAGAUGAAACAAUUAAACUGACCAAGAAUAAAAUUUGGGCGAUGAUCAAAUUUUCAAGAAAUCACUUACAAGAAGGAAAUUUGUCGCUCAUGUGGAAAGACACAGUUUUCAAUUACUCCUAUUUUUUGUGGUUUGAGGAUACCAGCGGAACGCCAAUGAAACCCCUGGUGUAUCCUACAAAUUCGUCCAAAGCCUUACCACUACCGGGAUUGUUGGGCAACGAUUUUUAUCAGAAAUUGAAAGAAAUUUGUUUUCCGAAAACAGCGUCAGCUAAAAUACGAUGUUACGAAUUGUUUUGUGUUCAUUUAAGGCUUGUGACAGCUUCCUGUGUUUUGGAACAUACAAGACGGCUGGCUGCGACCAUUUGGGAAUUGAAAGGAAUUAAAUCUCACCCAAUUGAUUUAUUAUAAGUAUCAAAAUUUUGUCACCAUUUUUUAAGUUUUGUACGUAUUUGAAAGUGCAAUAGACAUACAAUAAAUGUUUUAUUUCUUUCCAUUAUUUAUUGUUAAGUUUUUACA